GAGGAAUCACACGUCCUGAAGAUGUUGGCAGUAGAUGGUUUGGAAAGUUCAGCUCCGGAAUCCUCGACAUUGCCUAUUAAAGAGGAAAAAGUAAAACCUGGAAAGCAUGAUGAAUUGCAGUAUCUGAAUAUGAUUCAGUACAUUCUUGAUAAUGGCAUGGAGAAAGGAGAUAGGACAGGUACAUUACAUACAUUGUACAGGGUAAUAUAGAGCCAAAAUCAAAACUCAAGAAAAUUAGUUAUUUAUUAGUUUUAAAUAGUAAAUAUGCUGUAAAAUUACUAAAUGACACAAUACACCCCUGCUCGUUUUUUUUUGCAUAGCUUCAAAAGCUCUGAUAUAGAUCAACACUAAUAUUUAGAUUUGGGAUCUUGUGUACUUUGUGCACCCCUUGGUCGAUACAUCAGUUCAUAUAUCGACAGAUACAUCAAUUCAAUACCCCCACUGAGAAUUCCUAGGAGUACCUCCCCCAGGAUGCCUCUAACUGGGGGGGGGGGAGGGGGUAUAGGUGGAAGUUUACAGUAUGGUGCCUGUUGACCACUGCCUGAGAAAUUUCAUACUAAUGGACUCUCUCUUCCAGUACAUGUACAUCUCUUUCCACAGUAAGCAGUUUGAGGUGGCAGUUUUCAUUGAAUAGGCUUGUCUCAAAUUGUUCUAAAUUGUUCUUGGUAAAAAGUAACUAUAUUUUUAAGAACCUGCAGUUUGUGGGAGGAUGACUGUUCUUGUUGUUAACUUUUGCCUAUGAAAAUGCUGCCACCCCAACUAGCUGCUCCCGGAUCUCCUACUUUGCAAAUUUUUUUAUGAAAAAAUGUGAAAAAAAUUAAUGUGUAUUUUUUAAUUUUUUUAGGUACAGGUACUAUCUCUGUCUUUGGUACACAGAUGAGGUUUAGCCUACGUAACAAUGUUAUUCCUCUCCUGACAACAAAGCGUGUGUUCUGGCGUGGAGUUGCAGAAGAACUCCUGUGGUUUGUUAGUGGAUGCACUAAUGCAAAAGAGUUAAACAAGAAAGGAAUUAAAAUCUGGGAUGCAAAUGGCUCAAGGGAGUUUCUUGAUAAACAAGGUACAUGUGACAUAAUGCAGUACAUUUAAUAUAAAUUUGCAUUGUACCAACUGUGAUUAAAGGGUGAAAGGGGUUUUUCAUGAUAUGGGAUCAAGUGUUUUUAAUUUUUCGUGAAUGGUGAAAAUAAGUAAUUAGAAACCACAAAAUACUGUCCUUUUACUUCUCAGAAAUUUCUGUGAAACGUGAACACAGAACGUUAAUUACAGUGAUGCAUUAUUUUUCCUAUUUUUUAAUGUCUGUGAAAAUAUGUUUAGGACUCCCUUCUUCACCCUUUACCCCCCUCUAAAUAUGUAAGGAUCAAUUUAGCAUCCACAAUGAUGAUGGCAGCGAAAACGUCACUUUUAAAAUGAGUUCUCAUUUUUCUAAACUUUGUCGCAUUUAUUUCAAUUUGCUGAAAAUGACAAAUGUAGGCAAAUUUCUUUGAAGUUGAAUUCUUGGGGACCACAACAAGGUUUAGAAAGGGAAAGAAAAAUUCAUUGUCACAUGUGUACAUUUUCCAUAAAAUGUGAAAUUAGACAUUUCCACAUUUCAGUCUUGCAGUGAUGGCAAAGAAAUAUACAAAAAAGUGUGAUAGUUAUUGUUUUGCUUGCAGGGUUGUCACUAAGGGCCGGGGACCGGGGAUUUCGCCCGGCUACUCAGAGCAUGGCCCCCGGCUACUUUCGUCAUUAAUUAAACCAAAAGAGCACACCUUUGAAACACACAAAGACUAUCCAUCAAACUAAAUGCAAGUUUCAUCUGCAGCAGGUUUAAGUAAUCAUUUUGAAAUACUCGCGUGCAAAAACUAAGAAAUGUCGGAAAAAGACAUCUGACUUAGAUUUGGUACUAGUACACACGCGCGAAAACUCUCCGUUCGCAAAAUGUCAAAGUAGGGAGUUUUAUCAACGAUGACGGCGACGGCAACGAGAACGUCAAAAAAGCAAUAGGUUUAUUGAGCAAAACAACUAGUUUGCACGCGCAUCACACUUUUUUGUACAUUUCUUUGCCGUUACUACACGACUACGACAUGAAAAUGCCUAGUUUCACGUUUUAUGGAGAACGCAAAACAAGCGACGACAAACUUUUCUUUCUCUUUCUAAACUUGAGUCUCGUUUUGACAACUCAGCGUCGUUUAUAAAGUAUUAGCCCUGUCUUUUAAACGCUUUUCCGUAGGUCAGUUUCUUCGUAUGUUAAGUGAUGUUUCGUUCAUAAAAUUCGAGACCACUAAUGUUACCAGUUGUGCAGUUAAGUUUUGCCAUAUUUUUUAUCCCGCGAUUUUUUGUACGUUAUGCUUGUUUUAGCCUCAUUAGAUUAUAUCAUACUUUUAGUUUUCAACAAACCAUAGAAACCUUAUGUUUAUGAUGCUUUUUCGUACAUUCAUCGUCCGCUUGUCUUCUUCCCGCUUCUCCGUGGGUAAAUUGUUAUUCAUUUGUAAUAUUAGUUUUACUUUUGUUUUCUGAAAGUUGUUUCGUUCUUACGUAUAAUGAGGAUUUAAAAUUGAUUUUACAGCGCAUGUUAAUUCAUUUGCACCGUAUAAGAAUCGAUUGUCCUUUCCACAUUUUUAACAUUUGUAUAGUAUCGUUGUGAUUUAACACUUCACUGGCCAGCAUGCGCCUUGUCUGCGUGAAGAUAAGACUGGGCAGAUAACGUGACCGGUGCUUACCUGUCAUUUUUUUCAGGCCCGGUGCUUUCACGUAAAAAAACCCUCCAACGAGCCUUUACGUAAAGUAAAAACUUAUUAUUUUAGUGUCUCAGAACGUUGCAGUUUUCUUUAAUAAAGACGUGAUCAUUAUAAAACCGCAAAUGAUAGCUGUACUCUUGAUGAAGAUUGCCUUUUUGGGGCGGUAAUGCCUUUUGGAAAAUGGUAGAAGUUGCAAUUCAAAAACUUCUUGGGGGAUGUAGGGGGGGGGGGAGGGGCUCCAUGACUGCUUGCGACUUCCCUGGCUACUAACAACAAAUACCCGGCAACUUGAAAUCUUAGUGACAACCCUGUGCUUGAUAAACCUGUUGUUUUUUUUUUACUUUCUCAUUGUCAUCCCUGCCGUUGUUGUUAAAGCUCCUUAAUAAUGAAACCCCUGCUGAAGCUAACAGCUUUAUUUCACCCUCCCCUAUAAUCAACAUUCAUGUCAGUUUUCCUGGUAAUGACCCUGGAAAAUUCAAGGGGGCAGGGGGAGGGGGGGUGAGGCAUGCAUCCUGAAACCCUUCCCUUUUUUAGACCUCAACCACUGUUUCUCAGAAGUGAUUGAUGAAAAAAGGCACCCCUUACCCAAUUCCAGAAUCAGGGCUCUAGAGAGCAGACAAACUUGCCCUAUUUCAAUAAAAAAUACAGCUACAAUUUCAGUAAUUAUCAUACCCCACAUUUUAGGCUGAAAGGGGUCCAAAACUAAACCCUAUGUUAUAUGACUUGUCAGGAGUAAUAUUAAGUGUGAUAAGGGAGAAUCCCUACCCCACCCCUAUUGUUCAUGAUUGACAUCUCAAUGUAACUUCUGUUUAGGUUUACAUGACCGAGAGGAAGGGGAUCUUGGUCCAGUGUAUGGAUUCCAGUGGCGCCACUUUGGUGCUAAAUACAUCAACAUGCAUGCAGAGUAUAAGGGCCAGGGUGUAGAUCAGUUAGCAACUGUGAUAGACAAGAUUAAAAAUAACCCAGAUGACCGGCGGAUUAUAAUGUCAGCAUGGAACCCAGUUGGUAAGGCAUAGUUCCUCCUUAACCCUCUUAAGACUCAAUUGUGAUUGGCAUCAAUUUUCUCCUUCUGAUACCACCAUGUAGACACUCAAAGGUUGUAAGAAUCAACAACAAAAAUAAUCAUCUUUAUUUGUGCCCCAGAGAAAAUUAUGCUUCGUACAAUCUUGAAAAUUUAAAGUACUGGAUUUUCUUUGUAAGGUCAUGAAAAGUUCCUUGAAAUUCUCUACAUUUUAUUCACCAGACACAAUUUUCUGUAAGAUAAUAUUAUUUCACCAAGGCAAAUUUGGCUCAUCCUCAGUGUAAGAACCUGUUAAACUGACGGGUAACAUACAAAACAUUUUUGUGCGUGAACAAUAUUUUAUUUCUGUUUCUUUAUUUCAAAUACUUUUCUGUAGCUCAGAUGCAAUUGCAAGUCACACCCAGUCUUUUUGUUAAGUGUUGUUGUGGAAAGUAGCAUAAAAUAAUGUGAUCAACCAUGGCUGAAGAAAAAAAAAUUAACUGUAAAUUACUCCAUUGAGUACAAGUAAGGUGUUCAAAAGGAGGUUUCAGACUGCCAAUUUACAGAAUAAAUCUUAGUCCUUGAAAACUGUAAUUUGUAACUUGAAAAAUCCUUGAAAAGUCCUUGAAAUUUGUUUGUCUGAAGUUGUACAAACCAUGAAAAAUUAAUGUUGGCACUUGGCAAGAUACGGAGCAUAGCCACUUAGAAAUAGCAAAAUGCUUGUCGCACUAAGUCGCUAACCCAGUGAGGGAUGUUUGCUAGCAACAACAACAACAACAACAGUUUAUUAAGGUAUUCUCAUUUGCAUACAUGGCAUUAUCUAUUAAGACACUUUUGAAAUUAUUACAUGAUUGUAUCUACAAUUCAUGAUCUCAAAAAUAAAAGCAGCAACUGAUUUACAAAUAAAUGGAUCAAUAUUGUUAAAUAGAAACAAAAUAUUUGAUUUUACAUCUAAAUCAGUAAAAGAGUUAUAUUUUUUAAUGAUUUCAUCCAAAAAUUUGUUGCAAGGUGUAUCAUAGGGUGCAAGAAAAGAUGACAUCACAUUCAUUUUCAACUUCAUUAGCUUGACAUCAGAACAGAUUCUUAAGUGUUCAGGAGUCUUGGGUACAAUACAUGUAUAUCUCCCUGUUUCGAAACAAAGUCAAUAAUUUCCUAGGCUAGCAAUGGCUUGUGGCCCAUGCAACCUGCUAAAUAAUAAUUGCCUUUGGAUGAUGUACUCCUAUGUACCCUGGAUUUACCUAUGCAGGGCUCCUUUAACUUCUGGACUCCCAACAUACAUAAUACAAGUAAUAUCCUUGAUAUUUGAUUUCCCCAUUUUUAUUGUAGUGAGUGUAUGAGAACAUCAAGUACCUAGAACUUGGUAUGCACUGCAUGAUGUUUUAGAUGUAACUGUACGUUAUUACGGCAUAGAUCAAGGGAUUUUGUCAGUUGAAUGGGCUGUAAAGGACAUUGUAUACACAAGACUUCUGUUUUCUCUUAUCAUAGAUUUGCCUUAUAUGGCCUUACCACCAUGCCACUCAUUUGUUCAGUUUUAUGUCAGCGGUGGGGAGCUCUCUUGUCAGAUGUAUCAAAGGUCUGGUGAUAUGGUAUGUGGCUUAAUCAAACAUGCAUUAAUUUUUGUAGUGUACCAAUAGCUUGUUUUGUAGUAGUAUCAUUCAGAGGAGCUAUUUUUUGGAGGGGAAGGGGGCUAGUCUAUUGCCUCAAAAAGUAAAAAUUAAAUAACAUAUAACAUUACAUUACAUAUAAGUCCAGGCCCUUUAAAAGUUUAGUUUUUCAAAAUGUGGAAAAAUAAAUUGUGAUAUCCACUGGAUAGUGAUUUAUCCGGUUGAUACUGCUAUAUAUCCACUGAUUGAAUAACCAGGGCCAGGCCCCUAAUUCCACUUAUUUUUCUGAUUGAUUGGGUGAAUGAAUGACUCACAGGCUACUGGCUCACUGACUGGUCAUUAAUACCGACUACACUGCAAGUGACUAACUGGUAACCUUCUUGGCUGAGUGACCUGGCUAUAGCUACAGGCUGGUUGACCUACUUAAUGCUGAGCGACCAACUAACAGAAUAACUCUUGACAGUGAUUCAGCUACUAUAAUUAACUGUGACAGACUUUCAUACUGACUGAUAAAGCUAUGGCUUGUCACUAGGCGCCUGCCUGGCUGACUGGCCAGCAGAAUGGUUGACUAAUUGACAUCUGACAACUGUCUGACUGGCUGUCUAACCACACUUGUAACUAAAUAAUGUUGAAAUGACUUAAUACUGACUGACUGACUACUGAGUGAUUGCUGUUUGACAUACUGAAUGAUUUACUGAUGGCUGAUGACUGUCAAGCUGACUGGUUCUUUGAUUGACUGGCUACUGACAGAUUGCCUUGUAUCUGACAACUGAAAGUCAGGGUUUGAGCUAGGAUUUGAUCACUGGGGGACAUUUUCAUUUUUAGGGGGACAGAAAUUUGUACACCCUUCUGCUGAUGCAAAGGGGUUUGUCUUCUUAGAUUUCCGACAAAAAUAGCACAACCAUGUGUGAUCUCGUGAUUUUUUUGGUUUCCUUCGAUCCUCAUCCGUUUCUUCCUGAUUAACACACUGUUCUUCUUCUGUAUCAUUUUUCUGAUUCACUCUGGCUUUGAUUUGGAGCGAAAAAGCAUUCUAAUGUUUGAACAUUUUUUUGAUGUGACAUAUGUUAAUGAUUGCCAGGCGCGUUCACCAUGCUUGGUUGAGCAUGAGACCUACAUGUUCAGUAGAGCGUGACUGAAAUGUGACUUUAGAAUGAACUUUAAACGUGCAAUAAAAUAUACUUUCCACGUUCUGUUUUAGCUUGCAAUUUCUGUACUGAAAUAAAUCUCUUCAUGUGUGCUUCCUUUCGAGUUUUUUUCCCUAAAUUUUGAAGGGGACAAAUUGUCCCCUUGGCCGUUUUCUUAAGGGACAAUUUCACUUGCAGUGCCGUAUUGGCACAAUGGCGUGGCCUGGCUCAAACCCUGGAAAGUGACAAAGUAUCAGUACUUAUCGAUUGUUUGAUAGGAUGUCAAUGAUCAGUAUGGUCAUUUGUCGUUAGUUAAAAUAUUGGAGGAACUAUUUGUUCCACAUUUUACCUUUUUUACUUAAACUGUCAUUAAUUUUGUCAUUGCAACAUGCACGUAAUUAUGAUAUGAAAUGUUAAUUUUUCAAUAUAUUGUUGUUAAUUUUUUAGGGCCUUGGGGUACCAUUUAACAUUGCAAGCUACUCCCUUUUAACACACAUGAUUGCACAUGUCUGUGAUCUCAAGGUAGGAUGCAUAAAUUUUUUACAAAAAGAAAAUGUAACUGUUUGCCGAACCAUUAUCCAACCUAACUUGCAUUUGAUUCUAAAUUUCCUUUGAUAAGGUUUCCCAGCCUUAAGUAUAUUAUUUUAUAUUUACAGUAGUCAAAAGAAAUUCUCCUGAAAACAGAUUCUACCUACAACAUUAUGUACCCCCUAUUAUUCAAAACUGAAUCAUUGGAUAUCGCAAUUAUUCUAGAGUUUUGAUUGGCUAAGCCAUGAUGGUAUAUUGGCUCAUACACCAUGCUUUCCAAAUAUGGUCGCUAUGCAUCAGUUCCAGACUAGUAGCAAACUGAUAAUUUUUCUUCAUGGAGGAGGGAAUGGGACCCAAAGAAAAUUGUUUUACAUGUAAUUUUAUUACAACACUAGAAAAUGCAAUAUUUUAUUAUUUCAAUGAAAGACAAAGAAAGACAAAGUAAAAAGAGUAUGGAAUGAAGUUUUCCCUGUUUCUCAGGGGAAAGUGAAGCUUAUUUAUUCUUCUUUUUGAAAUAAUUUUUAGCCUGGAGACUUUGUUCACACCCUUGGAGAUGCACAUGUCUAUCUGAAUCAUGUUGACGCUUUGAAAAUCCAGGUAAGAGGAGUUAUGUCGAGAAUAAAGUUAAUUCCCACUUUUGUUCUCACAAUUUGUCAUGUAUUAAUAUGCAAUGAAAGUAGUCUCUGAUAGCUCUAGGCUAGUAGAUUUUGCUAUCGGGCUAGUGAAUUCUGUCUUUAAAAUUACCAAAGAAAUGCAUGUUAUCAUUAUCCUGCUCAUCAAACCUUUUUUGGGGGCUAGUUGAAAUGACUUUUAGGCAAGUACAUGCUAGCUAUUCGGGGAAGUUGUAAAACUAACUUUCUUUAUAUCCUGCUGUAUAGGGGUGUAUAACCAAUAGGUGCAUGUCCAUGUACCGGUACAUGUCGCUUUUUGGAAUCGUCAUACUAGUUAUCCAGGUGAUGCUCCUCCAGCUCCCCCAAGUCUCUCUAAUUUUUAUUAUUCAAAUGGAUAUGAUGGCUGAAAAACAAAAACAAAAAACAAAGAGAAAUUGAUCACUAUGAAUUCUUUUGACAGCUUACAAGAGAACCACGCCCAUUUCCAACUCUGAAGAUAAAAAGGAAUGUUGAAGACAUUGACAGCUUCAAAUUUGAAGAUUUUGAGAUCAUAGGAUAUGAUCCACAUCCAACAAUUAAAAUGAAAAUGGCCGUGUAAAUACAGAGGAUAAUAUGCCUUAUGUAAAUAUAAUGCUACACCUUUUUCAUGUGCAUGUAAAAUUAGUCUGAAAUGUCAUAUGUCUCCACCCUCUAACCCAUGGGGGGCACGGGGGAGUGAGACAUUAGUUUGAAAUUGUAUGGCAUUUCAGACUAGAGAGACAAGCGUUAUACCAUGUAAUGGUGUCCGGUCACAUCACCUAGUAUGCAUUUUUUUAAAAAUUCUUAACAAGUUGGCAGCCAUACACUGUAAGUCACUGAAAUGUGAACAACAGCAUGCAUACAUGUAUGGGGUCUAUAUGAAGUGUUCUGUGAUUUGACUGCAGUGAAGCUUGAUGAUAAAGCCUCCAGAAUAAAUGUACGGGGUUUAACUUUUCGAGUUUGAAAUGAACAGUUGACAGCAGGCUAACCACAACUUAUAAGCUUGUAAUAGUGUGAAACGUGACUUUGGACUUGGAGUUAGCUUGAACUACAGAGGUUCCCUUCUUUCGCUUAGGUUAUGUAGUACACUGAGUAUUUUAAACUCUGACAGAGAAAAAAUUACUUUUGGCAUUCUAAGUCUAACAUUUAGAGGUCAUGAAGCUGGUCUGUUUCAUGCAUAUUGAGUAAUUAUUUCCUGUGGUCUAGAGCGCGCUGUCCUACUGUACAGUUCCUCCGAUGGCAUUUACUUUUGCGGCUGAACUGGUAGUGCAAGUAACAAGUGCCUAAUGUGAGACUGCAGUUAAGGGUUCCUCAUCAGUUGGUAGUAUGGUACAAGUCUUCACUUUGUGAAGAGAGGCUAACUCUAAGGUCAUGUUUCACACAGCAGUUAUUAGUCUCAUUUGGCCUGUCAAUACUAUUUCAAACCGGAUGUUUUGCUUAGCAAGUUCAGCCACUGAUAAAAGUUUUAUUUUUUUGGAAAGGUAAUAGCCAAUCAAAAAGUACCUACCAUAUUUGCAAAAGAAGGUGAUGUCACCGAACAACAUUAUAAUGCUUGGAAUUCAGACAUCUCUCUCCUCCAUGUCCCUCAUGAGUUAGGGGAUGGA